AUGGCGAAUAGGAUUUCAGAUCUUGCCACUGAUUUUCAUAAUCAACUCAAGACGAAAAUCAGUUCAUUUAUUACCUCUUCUAUUGUUAUUGACGAGAGUCGUGCCAUUAUGGACGUGGUUCGGUUAGCUAUAUUCAUUCGUGGCGUGGACAAAGAUUUGACGGUCACAGAGAAAUUCCUUGAUUUGAUACUUAUGGUGGACAUCACUACGACAAAUAAAAUAUUCAAAACUCUCGAUGAAUCAAAUUUUACUCGCGUGGCCCCUCCUACUUUCAUUAUAAAAGGAGAGAAAAUGAGUCUUCGGGCAAUUUCUCUUUUAAAAUUUGACUCCAAUCUGGCAGAAAUUCGUUAUAAACUAGUACCCAAAUGUCUUACAGAAGUCGAUUUUUGGAGAAACUAUUUUUAUCGGGUGUGUUUAGUGCAGCAUUCAUUGCAAUUAAAAACAAACAUUCUUUUCCCAAUAGAACAAAUAACUGACAAGGAUGCCAUUACUUCUGACGUUAGAGAAUAUAGCCAAUUAGAUUGCGGGGUAUAUCAAUCCGAAAUACAGAUUUCUUCGGGUGUCUGUGGAAAUAAUGAAAUUUCUGAUAGUUUUUCUGUUAUUGACACCGACACUACUAACAGCUCCAAGUCUAAAAAUUAUAAUGAAGAGUGUAUUUCUAAGGAAAAUGAAGUGGAUGAUACCAUCCUAAGUAGCUGUGAAGAAUCUGAUAUUAAUGACGAAGUCAGAAAAGAGCUAGAAAAAGAAGGCAAUUUAUUAAGAAAAGAAGCAGAAUCAAAUUCAAAAAUUGGCCAAGAAAUUGCCUCAAUUUUGAAUUCAGGAGGCUUAGUUGACGAUAAUUUGAUUUCCGAUCUGGCAUUAAACAUAAUUUGCAGCGAUAAUUGCUCAAAUGGAUUUAUUCUUGAUGGAUUUCCCCGUACCCUGAGACAAGCACAAUUAUUAGAUAGUAAGCUAUCGAAAAUAAAUUGCUCGAUAAAACUUGUUAUUUCGGUUGAGGUUUCCCCAGAGGUAUUAAUUGAUCGCAUUACUGGCCGUCUUUAUCACAAAUCAUCUGGAAGAGUUUAUCAUUUAAAAAAUAAUCCUCCUAAGAAUACAAUGAUCGAUGAUUAUACGAACGAACCAUUGGAACGUAGAUCAGAUGAUUCGGUGCAUGUUCUUAAUAAGAGAUUGGAAAAUUAUAAUGAACAAACGGAGCCUGUAAUCAACUAUUAUCAAAUGAGUAAAUUGGUCAAAAAAAUCGAUGGGAAUCGUUCAAUAAAUGAUCAAACAAUUGAAAUAUUCAACCUAAUCAAAACCACUAGAACUAAUAAUAAUGGAAUUAAUAAUUGA